UUCCACCUUUUUGCACAUCGGGUAUAAAUUUAGUUUCUCUCACUAGAAUUGAGAGAAAAUACAGUUUUCUCUCUCUAAAAAUGUGUCCAUCUGGAAGAGAGCGUGGAGCCCAAAACUGGUCCUCUGCUUUGCUGGCUUGAAGCUCUCCGUUGUUGGUUUUUAAUGGGGUUUGUCUGCCGAGGGAUACCAGAGUUUCAGUUGCCCCAAUCACACACACAAUCAUACUACCACUUUCUCUCUCUAAUCCUCUCUCUCAUUCGUUGCUCGUAUUUUCUCUCUCUAUACAUCGUGCCUUUUUCCUUUUUUUAAUUUUGUUUCCCCUCUCUUCAAUUGCUCAAUCGUCAUCUUCUUGUUCCUGUCACUGCCCCAAAGGCUGCAGAGGAGGAUUAGAUUAAAUCCCACUUCAAAGACUUACUUAUUUUCUUUUUGAUUUUUUUUUUCUAUUUAAAUUGUGAAAAUCCCCUUUGAUUCGCUGGAUCCACAGAUCUAACCUAUUCCACUUUGAGAUCUUCCUUCUUCCUAAAUCAACUCCAAGACUUUGAAUGUGCAUAGUUUAAGAGGAAGGCAAUUCGGAUUGGGUUAAGUUUCCUUGUUUAGAAAGGUAUUCCUUGAGUGCACGGUAAAUGUGGAUGUUUUGGAGGGUGGUUUGGACGAGAUGAGGGAUGUUAUCGGGGUUAAUGAACUUUUUGAGGGCCUGUUUUCGGCCGAGGGCAGACGGGUAUGUGCAGAAAGGCUCGGAUGCCAACGGCCGGCAGGAUGGGCUUCUAUGGUAUAAGGACUCGGGGCAGCAUUUCAAUGGGGAGUUCUCGAUGGCUGUAGUGCAAGCAAAUAAUUUACUCGAGGAUCAAAGCCAGCUCGAAUCUGGUUGCCUGAGCACGACUGAGACGGGACCUUAUGGCACCUUCGUGGGGAUUUAUGAUGGGCAUGGAGGUCCCGAAACCUCCCGGUUCAUCAAUGAUCACCUCUUCCCACAUCUAAAGAGGUUCGCGGCAGAGCAUCAGUCGAUGUCAGUAGAAGUUAUUCGUAAGGCAUUUCAAGCAACUGAGGAUGGUUUUUUCUCAGUUGUUAGCAGACAAUGGCCUACGAGACCACAGAUUGCCGCGGUUGGCUCUUGUUGUCUUGUAGGAAUAAUCUGCAGCGGCACUCUUUAUAUUGCGAAUCUUGGUGAUUCCCGUGCUGUUCUAGGUAGGCUAGUCAAGGCUACAGGGGAAGUACUUGCUAUUCAACUGUCGGCCGAGCACAAUGCAAGUUUUGAGUCAGUGAGACAGGAGUUGCAGUCUUUGCACCCUGAUGAUUCACAUAUCGUAGUUUUAAAGCAUAACGUAUGGCGUGUGAAGGGUCUUAUACAGAUCUCAAGAUCAAUUGGAGAUGUGUAUUUAAAAAAGGCUGAAUUCAACAGGGAGCCCCUAUUUCAGAAAUUUCGACUUCGUGAACCUUUCAAAAGACCUAUUUUGAGCGCAGAUCCUGCAAUCGCUGUGCAACAGUUGUUGCCUCAUGACCAAUUCAUUAUAUUUGCAUCUGAUGGCCUCUGGGAACACCUUACCAACCAAGAAGCUGUUGAUCUGGUCCAAAAUCAUCCGCGCAGCGGGAGUGCUAGGAGAUUAGUGAAAGCAGCGUUGCAAGAGGCAGCCAAGAAAAGGGAGAUGAGGUAUUCGGACUUGAAGAAAAUCGACCGUGGAGUCCGUCGCCAUUUCCACGACGACAUAACAGUCGUGGUGGUGUUUGUUGACUCUCAUCUUGUGAGCAGGGCUAGCUCAGGCCGGGCCCCCAACAUAUCUGUAAAAGGGAGUGGCAUCACUAUCCCUCCCAACUCGCUCGCGCCUUUCACGACCCCAGCAGAACCCGUCGCAGCUGCCUGACAACGCCACGCAACGCGACACCCCCUGCCUCUGAUUUGUUUCACCUGAUGGAAGACAGGUAGCUUCUUGAGCGGCCCUUGAAUUCUUUAAUGUACACUGUAACUUUUUAACCCCCCCUAAAGACUACUAUACUUACGCUUUCUGGGCAGCUUUGUUUCUGUGUUUAUUUGAUCUUGGCACCACUUUUGUAAAUCCCCAUGUUUCCCAUCAACCCUAUUUGAGAUUGAGACCACUUUUAUCAACAGAUUAUAGCUGAAACUCCCAUACCUACAACCUCUCUCUUUUUCAUCUCUUGAUAGUUUGCUUUCUUUCCUUUUGUAUGACUAUAUAUGUUUAUGAUGAUGAUUAGAACUGAUGAUUUGCACCA